AUGCCAACUCUCUCACCACCUGCCACAAUUCUCGUCACAGGCGCCAACGGGUACGUAGGCUGCUGGGUCCUCCGUGCCCUGCUCGAGAAAGAGUACACCGUCCUUGGUGCAGUCCGUACGAAGGAGAAAGCGGACGCGCUUUUUAGUCUAAUAAGCUCAAAGCAUCCUUCGCGCGCACGCGCGUUCGACUGUUUAUUGAUCCCCGACAUCGCUGCGGAAGAUGCUAUAGACCCGUUUCUUGAGGGCGUGCACGGCGUUGUCCACACUGCAACUCCAGUCACCUUCGCCCUCGAAGAUCCAGAGGCGUACAUACGGCCCGCCGUAGAUGGUACCCUGGGAAUACUGAGAGCCGCCGCGAAGCACAAGUACGCAGGAGACAUCAAACGUGUCGUAGUCACAUCGUCCAUAGGCGCCAUCGCGGAAACCGUGCAGGAAGAAACUCGCGUAUACACUGAGGAAGACUGGAACGAAUUCGCCGUCAAGCAAGUCCGUGAGCUGGGAAAGGCGGCUACGGGGUGGUGGAAGUACGAUGCGAGCAAAGUUCUGGCUGAACAGGCUGCAUGGAAGUUCUACGAGGACAACAAGGACACCAUCUCCUACGAGCUAAGUACUAUCGUGCCCGGCUGGAUCCUCGGACCCAUUCCGGAUGACCCAUCUUCUCCCGCCGCUUUCACCACGCCGAGCCCCAUACUGGAAUGGACCCAGUUAUUCGCAAUCCCUGCCCCAGAGAAACCGACCCCCACUAUUUUCAACUACGUCGACAUUCGGGACGUCACAGAGAUGCACGUUCGAGCGCUCGAGCUCCCAGAGGCAGCAGGGCAGCGGUUCACCGCGGUGUCUCACGUCUGCACCUGGCAAGACUGGUUCAACGCUGCGCAGGAGCAGAACUUCCUGCCCUCCCUCGCGAAGAUUCACCCCGUGGUUGCGGAGGACAAGGAUGCGCUUCCGGCACACCCUAUUUUCUCCAACGAGAAGGCCCAAAGGCUCCUUGGGAUGAUGUUCAAGACAGUUCCGGAGACGCUUCAGGAUCUCGUCGCAGACUUUGGUGGAAGGGGCUGGCUGAAGCACCUCGAGGCGUAG